AUGGACUAUGUUCAACAAAAUACAGCUGAACUACAACCAGUGUUCUACACAACAGGAAAGAUAGGAGACUCCAUUACCAAGCGUGUCUAUAACAUCCCAGAAUUGCACGAGAAAAGUCUCCUCCUGUCAAAACAUGGUUGGCUUCGUCUUUUCUCUGUAAUGGCCUCAUCUAACUCUUCCCUUUACUUCGUCCAUCUUUUCACUGGCUCAAAAAUUUAUCUCCCUUGCCUAGGCAUUUCUUCUUUGGAGCGCCCAAUAUUUGCUAUAACUGCUCCGCCUACAUCUGAAGAUUGUGUUAUAUUUAUCGUAAGUUGCAUUGAAGAUAAGGUUGGCAAUGAUUGCGCUAAAAUUAAGUUUUGCCACCGGAGACAAUCUGCGUGGAGCACAGGCAUAAUCUCUGUCGAAGAUUAUAGAAUUUCGGAUGUUGAUAAUUUGGUUUUUGCCGGAGGAUUUUUCUACUGCUUACACCAAGGCGGCCAUUUGAGUGCUUUUAGCGUUUCAGGUCACAGCUGGACUGUAUGUAGAAGUGAUCGAUGGUUGGGAAUCGAAAGAUGUAGUUAG